AUGGCUGUGAGUGGUCGGAAGAAGCUCCUGCAGCUGGUGACCCGGUUUGGGGUGCUGCUUCUCACCCGGUGCCCGUUCUGGUUUUGCUUCAGCCAGCUUAUGUUAUAUGCGGAGAGAGCAGAGGCCAAGAGGAAACCGGACAUCCCUGUGCCAUUCCUUUACUUUGACCUGGGUGUGGCUGUGCUUUGCGCCAGUUUUAUGUCUUUUGGGGUAAAGCCGCGUUGGUUUGCACUGGGUUCUGCCCUGCAGCUGGCCAUCAGCACCUAUGCAGCACAUGUUGGGGGACAUGUCCACUAUGGUGACUGGCUGAAGGUCCGCAUGUACUCUCGCACCAUCGCCGUCAUUGGAGGGUUUCUAAUCCUGGCCAGCGGUGCUGGGGAGAUCUACAGGCAGAAGCUUCGCGGCCGCUCUCUGCAGUCCACCGGUCAGGUCUUCCUGGGUAUCUACCUCAUCUGCCUGGCAUACACCCUACAGCACAGUAAGGAGGACCGCCAGUCAUACUUGGACUUCCUUCCAGGAGGAGAACCAGCCCUGCAGAUCCUGUUUGUCCUGUAUGGCGUGUUGGCAUUGUCUUUCCUAUCUGGCUACUAUGUUCGGUUCUCAUCCCAAGUUCUUGCUGUCCUCCUCCCAUUUUCCCUACUCCUUGUCGACGGAAACCUGGGCUACUGGCACAAUAACCGACGAGUGGAAUUCUGGAAUCAGAUGCGAAUGAUCGGACAGAACGUUGGCAUUUUUGGGGCAGCAGUCAUACUCGCCACUGAUGGCUGAUCCAGGACCACAUUAAUCUUACGCAGAAAAGGACUAGAAAGGCUCAAAUGUGUCUCGGACCUAUAGGUUUACAACAUCCACCUUCUAGAGGCCACUGUGCCCAGCGUGGUUUCAUAUGCACCAUGUUGUGCCCGUGUACCAUAUUCCAUGCAGGAUGUCUAAGUGAACUUGUAUAUAAGGAGGACUUACCUGGAACAAUUUUAAGGCAACUUGCAUUGCUUUACCUAUAUCUUCCAUCAUACGAACCUAUCUUUCAUUGAAGCUUAUGAACACAAAGAUACAAUUCUAUUAAUGUAGCAGCAGUGGGUUAACCUGAAUGGCUUGUGGUGCCCCAAGGUUGUAAUUAAAGGGGUUAUCCCCAAAAAUUAUUCCUAUGCAAUGAAUAGGGCAUUUCAAAUGAGGUAUUACUGCAAUGUACAUGCAAUAAAAUAUUCCUUUUUAUUUUUUUCAAUGUGCAUUACAUUUUCCUCUCUGCUAGCGCCCCCUGUUGUCUGGUCCUCCUUGCAUUUUGUGGGGCACUAGAUAUGCUCAGUAACUGCUUUUCUUCUCCACUUAUUGCUGACAUGGGGAUCUUAUCAUUCAUGGGAUAACCCCUUUAAGAAUUCUUUCUUUAUAUACAAGCUUAUGAAAGUUGAUGCUAGAAAGCCGCUGUUUCAUAACUGUCACGUCCAUUUUGAAAGUUUACUUAAAGGAAUUUAAAGGGAAAGGUGUUAUGGUUGGAGUCCUGGGAGCGCGAUGCCAAUCUGGCCAGACAACUAGUCACGCACUUGGGAUAUGGUUAGUGUCUAGCAAACCUCUUCCAGUCACUUUAAUUAGGAGUGACAUGGUAUGACCUGGCUCGACCCUGACUCCAAUGUAUACAGACCUCAGUCUGUAUGUGCGAUAGUCUCUGAAAGCAGUUUUGUGCCGAUGUUUGUUAGCUGUGGCCUGAAUACUCAUUAUCUCUCCCAACUUCUCCAUACAUAUGUACGCUUGGCUGGUUCCAAUAUGUAUGUGUCCUGAGAGGGGAGAAAGCUGCUGCAAGAUACUUGUGACAGUGGCUUAUUCCCCCGAAAACAAAAGGGGAUCGGGCAUGUUGAUAUCCAGUUGCCUGAUCCCUAUCUCCCCUGAUAUCUGUUGUCGCGUGAGAGUUGGGAGGCUCCAUACACAUUAGAUGGUCGGCUGGCUGAUUCAACCAUCUAAAGUCUAUAUAUAAGUAUCAGACAAAUUUACCCCUAUGCCUAAUGGUAGAAACAGUAGCCUGUAGUUAUGACAUUUUAUGUUUGUAUGAUAAAUGUGCAGAUAAAAUCUGAAUGUACAGACAGUUGAGUAACUUUGUGAGUACAUUAGCUUGUGCUGAUACUUGGUUACUGCCUUUAUCAUACUCCAGAGCUGCAUUUGCAAUUCUUCUGGUUGCUAUAAAUCAACAAGCUUGUGGUCUGACACAGCUAGCAACUUACCAGAUCUCCUGUAAGGGUCCAUUCACACAUCCGUAAGUGUUCUGCAGAUCCGCAAAUUGCGGAUCCGCAAAACACGGACACUGGCAAUGUGCAUUCCGCAAUUUGCGGACCGCACAUCGCCGGCACUAUAAUA